AACAUUUAUGUGUACUUUUACAUUACAGGAACCCAAGCAAUGAUGGUCAACAAAACAAUCCUGAAGGAAUUCAUUCUUGUAGGCUUCUCUGUUUACCCACAUGUACAGACUUGUCUCUUUGUGGUCUUCCUUUGCCUGUAUAUGGUCACUCUUGCAGGCAACCUGACUAUCAUGAGUUUGACUUGGGUGGAUAGAUCUCUCCACACUCCUAUGUACUUCUUCCUCGGUGCACUCUCCUUCUCUGAGACCUGCUAUACCCUGACUAUCAUCCCCAAGAUGCUGCUGGAUCUGUUAGACAAGGACAGCCACAUUUCAGUCACAGGCUGUGGCUUGCAGAUGUGUUUCUUCCUGGGCCUUGGUGGAACACAUUGUAUCCUUCUCACAGUGAUGGGGUAUGACCGAUUUCUGGCCAUCUGCAACCCCCUCAGAUAUCCUCUUCUAAUGACCAAUGUUGCAUGUGGACAACUUGUCGCCUCUGCCUGGAUUGGAGGUUUCUUCAUUUCUCUAAUUGAGACAUCACUGAUAUUCAGGGUGUCUUUCUGCAUACCUAACCUCAUCAGACACUUCUUUUGCCAUAUGAGGGCAGUUCUGAGGCUGUCCUGCACAGACAGUAACUUCACAGAAUUCAUUGUAACACUCAUGUCAGUGUCCGGUUUGCUGGGUACAUUCUUGCUCAUCCUCCUGACUUAUGUGUUCAUCCUUUCUUCUGUUCUCAAGAUUCCCUCAGUGCAGGCCACUAUAGUCAGAAACACAGAAAACAGCCUCCUCGCACUCCAUGUUCCUGCUGCACCAAAGACCAAGUAA